AAUUUUGUGCCGUUUUUCCACGGCAUCUGAUCUUAGGUAAGAUGUAUUUUUUUCAACACCCUGAGGGGGGAGCUGUGUGGUGUGUCUUGUUAUUGGCUGAGCAGGUGCACUAUUACAUCCAGUUUCAUGUGACUGCACCUGCGCCUGCCCUACCUGUUUGACCUGACUUCAGCUCACCUGAAGCCACGCCUACCUUCCCCCACUAACAGCGCAUCUGAUAGCGGAACUGCUGGCUAAAUAACAUAAGCAGUUCCUUGUCCAAACAAGUGACCUGUUCAACAUACACGGCUGGGUUUGAUUUCUGUUUUUACUGUUUUUGUGCUAUUCUUGGUCUACAGUCGCAAAAUAGUGAGGAUAUUUUAUUUUUCUUCGGGGUAGGUUGAAUUGUGACUCAUGCAGCAGUAAUCUAGAUUUGUAGAGAAAAGGUUGUACAGGAGUGAGAAUAUGGGGUCUGAUGAGGCCUACAACUUUGUUUUCAAAGUGGUUCUGAUCGGAGAAUCUGGCGUGGGCAAGAGCAACCUGCUGUCACGCUUUACCAAAAAUGAAUUCAAUCAUGACAGCCGCACAACCAUCGGAGUGGAAUUCAGCACAAGAACUCUGCAGCUGAACGGCCUCACCAUCAAAGCUCAGAUCUGGGACACAGCCGGGCUGGAGCGGUACCGGGCCAUAACCUCUGCAUAUUACCGUGGAGCAGUUGGAGCUCUUCUGGUCUAUGACAUUUCAAGGCACUUGACCUAUGAAAGUGCUGAGCGAUGGCUGAAGGAACUUUACGAUCACGCAGAUCCUCAUAUCGUGGUGAUGCUCGUGGGAAACAAAACAGACCUGUCUGCCGAACGUUCUGUUCCGACGGAGGACGCAAAGGACUUUGCAGAAAAAAAUGGUCUUCUGUUCAUGGAAACCUCAGCCUUGGAGUCAACAAACGUUGAAGCAGCAUUCAACACAGUCCUUACAGAAAUCCAUAAAAAAGUGAGCAGCAAAGAAGUGACUCGAGGGUCUUUAAAUGCUGUGACACUGUCUCAACCGAAAUCUCCAGCAGCAGAUGGAAUGGACGAGAAGAAACCGUGCUGUAAGAACAUCUAAUUGAACAUCCUGAUGGAGGGACGUCACAAGUGUCCUCAUGGAAGUGUAAAUUUAGAGUGCAGAACAGAGCACAGGAUCCUGUGUCGAUGAAGUUCAUAUAAAUGGUGAAUUGAUAAAGUUCAAUGAAGGUUAAAUGGAAAGGUAAUCCAUUUAAUUGGCUGACAUAGCCGUAUUGGUAUUCUGAAACAUUAUAAUUAAAAAGCAUUUAUUUGUGUUUGUCAAAUUUGGCGAGGUUAAACGCCAAUUGUGGAUAAUAUUUUUCCAUGUUUGUCAUUUCUUUGCAAAAUUAAGACAUUUUUGUUUUUGUAGAUUUUAUUUAUAAAAUGUCAUGCUACUUUCCGAAUAUCAAUUGAUCAUUUUUAAAUCAAUGAGUGUGAUGCACAUUCAUGCACACAAUUUUGCUUUUCACUUUACGAAAAUGACUUUUAAAUUGAAUGUUUAAGCAAAGUGCAACUUUUGUAAACCAGAUGGACAUGUGACUUUUUGAUGGGGCGUUUUUGCCAUUGUGAUGAGGUAAACUCUGAUGCUAAAGGUAUUGUCAUUUAUUGAUACAGUAUGAGGAAAAUUUGAAUAUUUUCCCAUGCAAAUUAAAGCAGUGACACUUUCA